AUGCCUCGCCAACAAAUCAAUUUAGAACCCUACCGGGAUGAUAUCAUCACUCUCUACCACCAUGGCAUCAGUACCGAUGCUAUCAGCAGCACCCUCGAAACUUGUCAUAAUAUCCAGGUCAAGGAACGAACCAUCCAGUCCCGCCUUCGCAAGUGGGGCAUCCGCAAGCGACAUCGGACAACGACAGGCGACGAGGCUUUACAUGCGCGCAUUAAGAUGCUGUUCAUACAAGAUAAGCUGACCGAUAAGGCUAUGCUGAACAUAUUGCAACAAGAAGACUAUGGUAUCUCUGAACGCACUUUGCGCCGUCUGCGGUUUAAGUUAGGACUCCAUGUGAGGACUUCGGAGCAGGAGCAGAUUGUUGUUCCACGGCCUCUACCAGAAGGGCCAACGGUGUGA